UGAGGUUAGAGCGAGUGUUUCAGCCUUCCAUCCAUUGGAAGACGGUUGUCUUCCAUACACCCGUGUGUUUGAAGGGCAGAGCGCGGUGUCUUUGUUGCGGAUCCAAGUCAGGCAUGUAGUUUGUUUGUUGAGCUUCACUUCCUGACCCAGCUGAUGAAGUGCCAAGCACGAGGCUCGGGGCCAAGUCCAGCACGCCAGGUCGGUUCAUGAGGCCCAGCCGGGUCCUGAACACCAGAGACUUGGCUCGAACCUAAAGUCACCUGCGACUUCAAGCACAGGUCUUCAAUGAGAAGAACAGGCGAGACGCCACUCCAAGUCAGGGCUGUGAUGCUGAAAUUACAAGGUCAGCAGAGAGUGGAGGAGACUGGUGAGGAGCAGCUGGUGAAGCUGCCGCGCUCAGAUUCUGCUGAAGGAACCGCAGAGACACAGCUCAUCGGCCGAGACCUCGUCCUCCAGCAGAGGGCAGGUGGCUUAUAUCCGCUGAGAUGGGGCUCCUUCUCCUGCCUGGAGCCACAGGCAUGGUCUGAAAGAGGCGGAGCCAUAAGUCCAGCGCCUGCUGGCAGGAACAUAAAUCCACUCCUCUGCUGGUUUCCAGCAACUUUCCCAGAGGCCUGGCGCCUCGGCAGUGGAAACCAUGGCGAUCAGCUGCCGGAGAAGAGAGCCCUUCCUGGGGUUCCGAGCCGCUGAAGUUAGUGGUGUAAAAAUAACCUGUGGCCCAUGGGUGGGAACAGCUGCGCUGCUCUGCCUGUGUUUGAAGGUCGGUUCUGCACAUCUGAGGAGACAGAAGUGAGCGCCGCGGUCUGACACCAUCUACCAUCAGAGGAGACAGCCUGACUCACACACAGCAUGCCACACCUGAGGAUCCUGCUGGUCCUCUGGGUCCAGCAACCUCUCCUGGCCCGGGGUCUGGAGCGCGAGCGCCCCCUGCUGAGAGUUUGUGUGCGUGACAUCAUUCCAGUGUGAGAGGACUUGCGUCCCGGUGCUUUUCUGGUGUCCUGUCAAAAACAUCUGUGAGAGACUGGGAGUAGAGCUGCUGCUCGCCUGCCAGUUGGUUGAUUUGGGAGGCGGGAACAGAGCUGGGUGGAGGCUCUCAGCCUGGACACGUCCCGCUGGCGUCAGCCUGGAUGUGGCCUGGCUGAAUGAGCGGGUGACGGCAGAAGAGCACCACCAGCAGAGGGCCGCGAGGCGGAGGGGGGUCUGCUGGGCCGGAGCCAGCUGUGAGGUCGGCGUCUGCAACCAGAGCGCUGCUAAAGCUGCGCAGGAAUGUCCAGCCUGCUCUCGCAGUUAAAGAUAGAGCCGGCGCUCCUUCUAAAGUCAGACGUGUUGUUGUGGUGUCGGCUGGCUGUCGCGAGGAGCAGAGAGCAGCGGACGAUGGUCCUGUGCCACAGAAUGACGCAGGACCCGGGGCGGAGUGGCCACACCAUGGCGGACAGACGGCAGCUCCUGGCUGAGAUGAGAGCUCAAGACUUGGACUCCAUACGCUUAUCCACCUACAGGACGGCCUGCAAGCUCCGAUUUGUUCAGCGGAAAUGUAACCUGCACUUGGUGGACAUCUGGAACGUGAUGGAGGCCUUCCGUGAGAACGGCCUCAACAGCGUGGAGCUCAGCGCCGAGCUGAGCGUGGCGCGUCUCCAGGUCUUGCUCUCCAGCAUAUUUCACCAGCUCAACAAGCGCAUGCCGACCACCCACCAGAUCAACGUGGAGCACUCCAUCAGCCUGCUGCUCCACUUCCUGCUGGCGGCCUACGACCCGGAAGGCCAUGGCAAGAUGUCGCUGUUUGCGGUGAAGACGGCCGUGGCAACCAUCUGUGGAGGGAAGAUCCUGGAUAAAUUAAGAUAUAUUUUUGCCCAGAUAUCGGAUGCCUCCGGGACCAUGGUGCCCUCGCAGUUCGACCACUUCCUGAGGGAGGCUCUCAAGCUGCCCGUGGCGGUUUUUGAAGGGCCGUCGUUCGGCUACACGGAGCAAGCCGCUCGGACCUGCUUCGCCCAGCAGAAGGAGGUCUCGCUCAACACCUUCCUGGAUACGCUGAUGUCAGACCCGCCCCCUCCCUGCCUGGUGUGGCUGCCCCUCAUGCAUCGCCUUGCCAACGUGGAGAACGUCUUUCACCCGGUGGAGUGCUGCUACUGCCACAGCCAGAGCAUGAUGGGCUUCCGCUACCGCUGCCAGCAGUGUCAUCAUUACCAGCUGUGUCAGGACUGCUUCUGGAGAGGCCAUGCCAGCGGUUCCCAUAGCAACCAGCAUCAAAUGAAGGAGUACACGUCGUGGAAAUCCCCCGCCAAGAAGCUGUCGCAGGCGCUGAGCAAGUCGCUGAGCUGCGCCUCUAGCCGGGAGCCGCUGCACCCCGUCUUCCCUGAGCUGGACCAGAGACCCCUCAACCUGCCUCACGUCGUCGACACCUGGCCGCCUCGACCCGUCAACAGCGCCGAGCACUCGCUCUCCCACUCCAUGCCGACGUCAGGGAACCCUUACUCCACCAAACACCAGGACGCAGGUGCUGAGCCGGAGAGGCCGCGGGCCGCUCCUCAUCUGCUGAAAGGUCGAGGGUUGAACUACAGCCUCCACGUGGCUGACAGGCUCCAGGACGAGCACGCUCUCAUUGGCCUCUAUGUGAACCUGCUUCAAAACAACCCCAGAACAUGUUUGCUGGAGGGCAGCGCCCAUCAAGAUGAAGAGCACAGCCUCAUCGCCCGCUACGCUGCUCGCCUGGCUGCCGACGCGGCGCAGCAGCAGAGGGUCCCUACAGACCUCCCGUGCUCGCUGGAUGCCAACAAACAACAGAGGCAGCUCAUUGCUGAGCUGGAGAGCAAGAACAGAGAGAUCCUGCAGGAGAUCCAGCGCCUGCGUCUGCAGCACCAAGAGGCCUCGCAGCCGCCUCCGGACCGGGCCCAGCAGAACCCCACUCUCCUGGCCGAGCUGCGUCACCUCAGGCAACGCAAGGAGGAGCUGGAGCAGAGAAUGUCUUCCCUGCAGGAGAGUCGCAGGGAGCUCAUGGUGCAGCUGGAGCAGCUGAUGAUGCUUCUGAAGACUCAGGGUGCCAGCUCCCCUCGCUCCUCCCCCAGUCACACCGUCAACAGGCCCAUCCCCACGCCCAUCCACUCGGACUCUGCCUGCACCACCCCGACACACACCCCGCAGGACUCCCUCCUGGGUGUGGGAGGGGAUGUGCAGGAGGCCUUUUCGCAGGGUCCAAGAAGAAACUUGAGGACCGACCUUCUCGUCGCGGCUGACUCCAUCACCAACACCAUGUCCUCCCUCGUGAAAGAGUUGAAUUCAGAGGGUGGCAGUGAGACUGAGAGCACCGUGGAUUCAGAGUUUGGCCGGAAUGAUUUUUUACCAACCACCUCUUCCGACUCCUUCUUCUCCUAUAAGACAAGGAGUGAGAGUGCUGCGGAGGAUCACUUUGAGAAGGAGCUGGAGCAGCGUCUGGAGGAGCAGCUGCUGAGGCACAGACAGGAUCCAGAGCAGACGUGUUUGGUGAGUGACGCUGCGCCCGUGACUGCCCUGCUCCGAGGCACAGGUGGGCAGCUGCUGAAGAGUGACAGCACUGGCCGCCUCCACCAAGAUAUUUCAGCCCCGCCUCCUCACGCAGGUGCAACUGUGAGCUGCAGCCAAGGACUCAGCGACUGAGCUGUCCAACACACCGCAGGUGCCAUAGACUCCCUUCUCUGGCAGAUUCUUUCCUUGACUUUUGUAGGCUUGUCCACAGCUGUAGCACCAGGACAGGUCACAUCCCGAUACAAGGCUUGGAAAAUAAACAUUUUCUAAACGUGUAUAGCUCUUCUGCGUGCCUGACCCUUCUGCUCUCCAAGGUUUGGCCAGUCUUGGCUCGUGCCACUCCAGGCUCUUCACCUGCAGGCUGCCAAUCCUUGUACGAAUCCAGGGCUGUUCUUCUGAUGGUGCUGUGCUUGUGUGGUCAUGGCGUUGCGUCUUGCUUCUGUGGCGGCCACUUCAGCCACUCACGCUCCCGGACAUGAGCGUGUUCUGGGUUAUUGACACCUCAGUGAGGCGGGCGAGGCUCACCAGCCGAUGGUGCAGUCUCAACACUCUCAGUGCCGUUUCAGGCAGCGGUGGUGGUGUCACUCAUUCUCUGUCCACUCCGGCCCUGCUUCAUCACCGAGGCGGCUGAGGUCUGGUGCUUUUCUCCCUGUCCUCAUUUUUGCCGUCACAUCCGCAGUGAUCAGAUCUCUAUUUUCCUCUGUGAACACACACACACACACCGGUGGAGACCUUUGGUAACUCGCUCAGCAAACGGCAGGUUGGGAUCAUGAGCGAGUUGGUAGCCGUGAUUCUCGCACGGUGAUGAUGCGUAAUAAAGUGUCGACAGAAUCUCUGUCUCCUUCUUCCCAGCCACGGUACCCUUGGAUGGGCUUGCUCAUUUAUUACCUGUCACAGCUGCACCCUCGGCUGCCUCCGGCCCAUCUUCCAUCAUCCAUCACACCCAGCGCAUCCGGCCGAGGCACC